GGAUUCACUCGGCCCAUAUAUUCGUCUUUUACCCCUCGUCUCUAUCCUCCUUCCCGCACUCCUUUCCGCCAGCCAUGCCUGAAUGGAUAGAUUCACAAGCGAACCCAUGCGUCAAGCCAUGUAACGCUCGUGUAUGGUAACACUCGCAGCCUCUUUCUUGAUCCGAGUGGUGGUGGUAGAGUAAGUUAGGAUGGGAGUCUAUUCCCAGUAUGGGCUCCAUAAUACCGGAAGGGUCACCUUUUCAGGCGAAAAGGUAGCCAGGAUUUCACAAAGGCAUAUUCGACAAUAGAGUGCGUUACAAGGAAGCUCUACUUCCCAGAUGGAGUUUAAAGUUCUAAUGGACUGCGCACCGUGCGACCGGCGCGCCGCAGUGCCGACGCCGAGUUGCAUCGUUGGCGGGUUACCCAUCGUGAACCGCGAGAGCCGUUACUUGGGCUGCUCUGCGCGAAUUCGUCUAGAAGCUUCGGGCCGUUUCGUGCGUGUAUGGCGGGUGCGUCUCUUCCCGCUACUGGCUGUACUCGUUUUAGGAGCUUCGUUUGGCGUACAAGGAGCGGCUGUUCCUGAAUUGCUUAUUGCGUUUUCGUCCUUCGAUUCUGGUCAGUCAACGCGUCCGCGUCGCGAUAGCAGUCUCACUGCUCCUCGCGCUAGUGAAGCACUCGAUAGUAGUUUACGGAGGCGAUCGGACGAGUACAACAGUGACACGUGGAGGCCAGAGAUUGGUACGCUGACCGCUGCCGGAAACGCUGCGCAUAGGAAUCUUACAGAUAUCGCCAAUAGUGCUGAUGGCAUAGAUGGUAGUAGGGCUACUAUCGCGAAUAAGGCGAUCAGCUGCGAGGACGAUCUCGGAGGGGUGGGCUCUCUGGACGCCACGUGUCAGAUCAGCAGCCACGUGCUGGUUCCUGAUGGAACGGAGAUUUCUGGAAAAGGGACGCUGGAGAUUCUUGCAGGUGCCAGCCUGGCAUGCGGAGGAACCAGUGGGGAUAGUAACAGCACCAGCAACAGCAGCAACAGCAGCAGCAGCAGCAGCAGCAGCAGCAGCAGCAGCAGCAACAGCAGCAACAGCACCAGCAACAGCUCCAGCAGCAGCACCACCAUUAGCAGCAGCAGUAGCUUUGCCAUCCAGGGUCCAUCACCUGCCGCACAGAGGUCAUAUUUUGCCGCCCAGGGACCUACUCCUGCCGCCCAGCCAGACUGCUCCCUCUCCAUUCACAUGGCGACCGCUGUCGUGCUGCGAGAGGGUGCCAGCCUGGCAGCGUGCACGCUAUUGGUCGACACCGGGCGGCUGACUGUGGCGUUUGGGGCGGCAGUAACGGCCAAGGGGCUCGCAGCAAAGGCGCCGGACCAGACCAGUGGCACGCCGACGGAUGGGAAAGGAUCGGGCGGCGGGUACGGUGGGCGAGGUGCGUCGUGUAGUGUGAACAGUGUCGGGCAGGGGGAGAUGAACAGUGGUAUGAUGGGCGGCAGGGGCGGCAGGAACAGUGUCAGGGGCGUGAGCAGGGGCUCGAACAGGGGCAGGGGCGGAGACCGAUGGGGAGCAGAGGCGGAGUCAUGGGGGGGGGACGCCUACGCGUGGUCUACUCUCACUGACCCCUGGAAAACCGGCAGCAAGGGGGGCGCGCUGGGGGAGGCGGAUGGGGGGGGUCAGGGCAGUGGGCGUAUCUGCGCCAAUGGGGGGAAGGGGCACGGGGGAGGUGCAGGGGGGCGAGUAGCCAUCCAAUACCCGCUCCCCCCAUCCUCCCCCUCGUCCGCCUCCCCCCCCUCGCCCCUCUCCUCCUCCCUCUCCCUCCAAGCAACCGGGGGCGCCAGUGAAGGGUGCCCCCACAACUCAGGCUCCGCAGGAACAGUCUUCGACUGGGCCAGGCAAACCCUCGUUAUAGGCAACUCCAACCAGCCCUCGCAAACCUUCACACCGCUCUUCACCGUGCCGCUCUACCCCUACUGGGACAGCAUCAUAGUGGAGGGCGGCGCCAAGGUGGUUGCUCUCACCCGGAACUUCCGACUCCGGGUCCGCUCCUGCGUGUGGUUCCGGGAAGGUUCCAGCGUGCUCUUCGGCAGCAGCACCGGGGGAGGCGGGGGGGGGGAGGGGGGGAUCAGCCGGGCCCCGCGCCUCCGUUAGACCCAGACGAGGCAGAGGUAGAGGUGGUGGUGGCGAAUCUGACCCUCACGAAUGCGACUCUGGAGGUGUAUGGGACCAUCAAGGUGUUUGCGUCGCACUUUAACCUGCAGCGGUCCGCGUCCCUGCGCAUUCACCAGCUCGCUGCUGCGUCUGCCGGCGCUGCUGCUGCUGACGCUGCUGCUGCUGGCGCCAGGGCUAAUCGCCAGCUCAGCGGGAGCAACAACAGCCGGAGCAUUGGGAGCAGCAGUAGCAGUGGCAGUAGCAGCGGCAGUAGCAGCAGUGGGAGCAAUAAGGGCAGCACUAGCAGCGGCGGUAGCCGCAAUAGCCGUGGCAAUAGCGGUACUAGCAGCAUAAGUAGGGGAGGCAGCAAGGGGCGGAGGCCGCGUAAGAGUGGGCUUUCACUAUCGAUGGGCUUCUCAAGCAUCGAUGGAAACUUCC